CGCGUGUAUGUCAACAUACAUUUAAUUACUGUGGAUACAGUGGAUGCAGUGAAUCGUUGCGUAAAUUGAUACUUCAAGCAUGAAAUUCGCGGAGCAUCUGAGCGCUCACAUUACACCGGAAUGGAGAAAACAGUAUAUCAAUUACGAGGAAAUGAAGGCUCUCCUAUAUGCUGCAGUGGAGCAGGCUCCAUCGGCAGAUGUAAGCGAAGCACAUGUUUUGGAAAGUUACUUUAGCAAAUUUGAUGAGAAGUUUUUCCAUUAUUGUGACAAGGAGCUGGCCAAAAUAAAUACUUUCUAUUCUGAAAAAUUGGCAGAGGCUACACGUAGAUUUUCCACGCUUAACAACGACCUAAGUGAGAUUCUGUCAGUUUCUGAGGAUGGCCAAAGUCGUAAGGCGCGCUAUCGCCGCCAUAUCUUGCAUAAAAAAACAGUAUCGGCACGCAAAUUACAGGAAUUGAAAUUGGCCUUCUCUGAAUUCUAUCUUUUCCUUAUUUUGCUUCAAAACUACCAGAAUUUAAAUUUUACUGGAUUCCGAAAAAUUUUGAAGAAGCAUGACAAACUUUUGAAUGUUGACAUUGGCGCGAAAUGGCGUGCAGAGCACGUCGAUACGGCAGUUUUCCAUACGCGUAAGGAUAUAGAUAGACUUAUCGCGGAGACCGAGGCUCUGGUAACUCGAGAUCUAGAGCACGGUGAUCGUCAACGAGCCAUGAAGCGGCUCAGAGUGCCACCACUUGGAGAGCAACUCUCUCCGUGGAUCACAUUUAAAGUAGGCCUCUUCUCCGGCGCUUUUAUCAUACUUUUCAUAGCUGUGAUACUAUCCGCUAUGCGAUACAAAAAGAAAGACAAUUGGACAGUAUUGUGUCGGAUUUAUCGUGGACCUCUUCUUAUGAUAGAAUUCCUGUUUCUCAUGGGAAUCAACGUUUAUGGCUGGAGAUCUUCUGGCGUGAAUCAUGUGCUGAUAUUUGAGCUUGAUCCACGCAAUCACUUAUCAGAACAGCACAUCAUUGAAAUGGCAACGAUACUUGGUCUGGUUUGGUCCAUAUCUAUAUUGGGUUUUCUAUACAGCGAUAUGUUGGGUGUACCGCCAUUUGUUCAACCAGUGUUGUUUUAUAUACUAUUAGCCCUGUUCCUGUUCAAUCCUACCAAGACAUUGCGAUACGAGGCCAGAUUUUGGACGUUACGCGUUAUGGGUCGCAUCUUUUGCGCGCCCUUCUUUUAUGUGGGUUUUGCAGAUUUCUGGCUCGCUGAUCAACUCAAUUCCCUUCACACAGUCUUCCUGGACUUUCAAUAUUUCAUCUGCUUCUAUUUCCAGAAUUCUUCUUGGACCGACGUCACGGAUACAGAAACUUGUAUAAUGCGUGAAUUGUCGAUGAGACCAUUUGUGGUUUGUUUACCGGCUUGGUUUCGAUUUGCACAAUGUUUAAGGCGUUAUCGGGAUACGAAAGAAGCUUUUCCGCAUUUACUGAACGCAAUCAAGUAUGCAACGAGCUUCUUCGUCGUCAUUUUCUCUUAUCUGCACUUAACAAACAAGAAAUACUAUGCAUUGUCUACUGAGAAUCCUUACUUCUACUUGUGGCUCACAGUCAGUGUAGUAAGCUCUUGCUUCACGUACACAUGGGACGUAAAAUUAGAUUGGGGUCUCUUUGACAGCAAUCCUGGGGAGAACAAGUUUCUUAGGGAGGAGAUAGUUUACUCGUCACCUUAUUAUUACUAUUUUGCGAUGGUCGAAGAUUUUAUCUUGCGAUUUGGAUGGGCAUUCUCCUUGUCCCUAACAGAGAUGGGUUAUGUCCACGCAGACCUUAUGGUUUCCAUAGUCGCUCCAUUGGAAGUUUUCAGUAACGAAAUAAUUAAUUAAUUGUCGAAAGUCGAGAAAACCACGACUUAAUCGACGAUAGACCGGCCGAUCUGAUCGCUUAACAAUGCGCCUUAUACUAAUAAGUCGCUAGAAGGUUCUUGUGGAAUUACUUUCGGCUGGAGAACGAGCAUCUGUACAACGUAGGCAAGUUCCGGGCAGUGCGGGAUAUCUCCAUAGGACCCAUCACACGCGACGAAGACGAUGAUAUCAGGAACGUGAUCCGUCUAAUGGACAAUGCGAACGACGAUAACGACGAUGAUAAUGAUGAUGACAACAAUGAUAAUGAUGAUGACAACAAUGAUAAUCAAGAUGACAACAACGAUAAUGAAGAUGACAACAACGAUAAUGAAGAUGACAACAACGAUAAUGAAGAUGAAUUAGUGGAAUCCCAUGAUUUGCAAAGUUUGACACGUUGUAAUUUGUCUUUUUUUAAUUUGUAUAUUUAAAGAUAUAUAAUUUGUAUGUUUUACGUAUAUUUAAAUUUGACUUAUUUUUGAAUUCGAUAAAAUACCAUUUGAUUUGCACAUUUUUCUUAAUCUCAUUGGACGUAUUAAAUUAUAUAACAGUUUGCACGAUAUAUGUGAAUUCUUUUUUCAGCUUUUAUAAAUUGCAAAUAUGUAUAUAUGUAUAGAGAGAGUGGGAGAAAUUGAGCAGUUAUAUAAUAUUGGAAUGUUUGCUCGAUAGGCGCUUCAUCUGGAAUUUCUUCCGUUUGGAAAACGAACAUUUGAACAAUUGCGGAAAGUUUCGAGCCGUGCGGGACAUCUCAGUCGCGCCGGUUGACUGUUCGGAUCAGACGCACAUAUUGCGAAUGAUGGACGCUUCUGAC